GCGUCGGCUGGGCCCCCUGGCGGCCCGGGCCACUCAUUGCGCCUUCCUGGCCAUCGUUGGCCCCGGUGGGCUUGAUGAUUUGGCGCAGGAUUUGGGGGCGUUCAACGAGAGCUCCAUGGUGCUCCCCCCGCAGAAAACAGCGGGCACCACGGGGGGUGGCGACGGCGUCUACGCUGCCAACGCAAUGCGGCCACUCAAUAUCACGAACACAGACAACAUGAUCAAUUACAGCGUCAUCCGGGGCAGAUCCAUGUUUUCCAACCUUGUGUACUUGGCGGAGGCGAUGCGGCGCAGCUCUCUUAUGUGCGAUGACGCCGCGGUCGUUUUCUUUGACUUCGAAGCGGCGUUCCCGAGCGUGUGCCAGGACUUCUUGGUGGAUGUGAUCGAGUCCCGGGGCUG